AGCGCAAACAUGGUUCGGUACGAAAGUUAAAACAAUGCCAGUGCAAGUUGACGAGCAAGACUCCGGCCUUGCAACCAGUCAACUUCAUGAUGAAGACAGGUCUCUUAAGCAAGAGCUAUGGACUGAAGCCUAUGACAUCCUCAAGAGCGACCCAGAGAAUUCUCGACUUCUUGUAAAUUUCAAGAAAUAUCUAAAAGAAGAUGUAGAUGCUGAACCGGAUAUGAAUGGGGAAUCAUUCAAUGCUGAUGAGAUUGAAGAUGAUGUGGAACAACUCAAAUUAAUCCAGAAAUUCGCUAAGAAAAGGCUCGAGAAGCUCCCAGAAGCUCAACUCACCUUCACAAUAGGCGGAAAGCCCAUCGUCGUUAGACAGGUCGUUCGCAAAGCUAUUAAACUCGUCUUGACAUUCAAAGAUGUUGUGAGCUCCGCCAUCUCAGCUGAACCACAGGCGGCCUUAGCCUGGGCUGGUAUAAUAACCAUCCUCCCAAUUUUGGACGAUGCGUUCCAACAGGACGAAGAUGCGGCAAAUGGCCUAAAUCAGAUCCUAUUCCUCCUCGUUCGCUACCAAGAGGUGCAAGACGGAUUCCUCUCUUUUGAACUACAAGAUUCAUAUCAAUCCGAGUCUUCUUGCGAACUUCGCUCGAGCAUUAGGUCGCAAAUCGUCCGCGUCUACGCUCAAGCAUAUGUAUAUCUAAUGAGAUUCUUGUUGCAAUAUAAGAGGAGGAAGGUCCAUCGCUUCGCAAGAAAUGUUGUGGCGGCCGACAACUGGAAGGAAAUGUGGAAGGCUAUUGAAGAUGCCAGUCAACUUAUUGACCAAGGCGUACGUGACCGUGUGACUACUAGAAUACUGCAAACCUGGGAUGCAGUCGACAAUAUUAGGACCAGAGCCAUAAAUCUCGAGGAUUUGCAGCAGGCUACGUUAAAGGCCUUGCAAGCUAAUAAUGCCGACCAACUCCUAUUGUCAUUACCCUUUGCUGGGAAUGCUGUCUUUGAUUCCGCCGCAGUGGUAAAUUCGGACAGUCCCUGCUGGGAGAGAACCCAGCGUCGCAUCUUGAAUAAUAUCCAAAACUGGGCAGAAGACCCUACGGGUGAAGCGAUCUUUUGGCUCUAUGGAAUGGCGGGUACUGGCAAGACGAGUGUUGCCCUGACUAUCGCAAAUGCCCUAUACAACAGGGAACCGUUGGCGGAUAAGAACCAGCCUUCUCAUAACGCCUUUUUUGGAGCUAGUUUCUUUUUCAAGCAAGGAGACAUCACUAGAAACAGCACCAAAGAGUUCUUCCCCACCAUUUCAAGAUGUUUAGCGGAAGCCUUUUUAGAUUUCAAGUCUCAAGUCGUGAGUUGCAUUCAAGAGAACUUGGCUAUAGGGACGAAAGCGCCGCAGCAGCAAUUUGAUCAUUUGAUUAUCAGGCCUCUUUCAGUGCUUGAUCGGCAAACCAUUCUACCAAUACGAUUAAUUGUCAUUAUUGACGCACUCGAUGAGUGCGUAGAGCCGACGGAAACUCGCCAGUUACUCAAUAUGAUGACAGCCUUGAACAAUCUCGAUCAAAUCCAGCUCCGAUUUCUAGUUACAAGCAGGAACGAUGAUCAUAUCGCUAGGGAUUUUAGCAAUAUGCCCCACGGCAUAUAUCGUGCCGCAUCCCUUGACAAGAUCGAGUUAGCCUUAGGAAAGGAUCGCGAAACGGAUGAUAUUACAUAUUAUCUCACUCACAGGUUGGCACAAAUUGCUGAAUACUACAAAGUUCCACAGCAUGGUAUCGAUAUCGAACGACUGAGCAAGAAAGCCGAUGGUCUAUUCAUCUAUGCGGCAACAGCAUGUCGGUUUCUAGAUGACGAUGAUUUCACUAGGGAGGAAUCUAGAAAAGAGUGUUUAGAUCUGAUAUUUGAGGAUGAUGAGGAAUCAGCUCCCCAGCAGAAAAUUGACGAAAUAUAUCUCAAAGUUCUAUCAUUGCCCGGAAUGGCUAGGCGACCGAGGCGGAUAAAGGAUAAGCUAUACUCUCACGUUGGAAAGAUUCUCGGCUUCAUUGUGGUGCUCUUUGCUCCCAUUUCAGUGCCGUCGCUCACUAAGUUAUUAGGAUUAUCGGAAAACGACGUUGACGAUGUAUUAGAUCGACUCCAUUCCGUCGUACAUGUUCCACGGGACAAGAAUAUACCCCUUGGCCUCGUCCAUCUAUCGUUCCGUGACUUCCUUCUUAACGAAGAGAGAUCGAAGCAGCUACCGUUCCGAAUUCAGGAAUUGCCGACGCACCAGGAGGUAUUUACAAGAUGCCUGGAGCUCAUGUCUCGUGAUCUCCGCCAAGACAUGUGCAACCUCUUAUCACCGGGGACCCCCGCCUCCCAAGUCUCGUCGAGCCAAGUCGAUGAGAAUUUUCCGCACUAUCUACAAUAUACAUGUCGCUACUGGGUUCACCAUCUUGCCAAACUUGACGAAAACCAACGAGAAGAGGUCGGCCUGAAGGACAACGGCCAGGUCCACGAAUUUCUCAGGAAAAGCUUUCUCUACUGGCUAGAGGCGAUGAGUUUAAUUCAAGAUACCGCGAAUGCGGUCUUGAUCGUCAAUCAUUUGCAGACUCUCAUCAAUUCUGCCAAAAACCCGGGCUUAUCUACUAUAAUACACGAUGCUAAGCGGUUUGUGCUGAUGAAUCAGUCGGUUAUCAGUUAUGCUCCAUUGCAAAUUUAUUGCUCCGCAUUGCUUUUUAGUCCAGCAGAAAGCAUCAUACGACGUACUUUUGAAGACAUGAUCCCGUCUUGGGUAAGACUGAAACCAAAACCUGUAGAUAACUGGCCUUCUGAGCUCUCAAUCCUGGAAGGCCACACCUCGCCGAUAGUACAGGUCGCAUUUUCUCCUACGGAUGACCUCAUCAUGUCGCAGUCAUUAGAUGGGACUAUAAGAAUAUGGAACUAUGUUACGGGGAUCGAGUGCUUUAAAUUUGAUGCCCCAUGGCCGUCAAGCUGCGCAUUUUCUAGCGACGGGAAAAUGGUUGCACUUGGUAUGCAUAAUGGAUGUAUAAAAGUGUUCGAAUUCGCGACGGGGAGGACAAUUGACCUCAUGGGCAAUCCGGAGUUUGUGUUUUGGGUUGGCUUCUCGCCAGCAAAUACCAACACCAUUGCAUCGAUGACUCUCGACAAAACGAUCCGAGUAUGGGAUAUCGACAGAAAACAGGCUAUUCGCAUUAUCAAGACUCCUUUUAACUGGCCAGGCGGUAUUGCGUUCUCGCCGGAUGGUCAAUCCUUACUUGGCUAUAUCAUACGUGAUUCUGUCAAUUUGGACGAAUACCCUUUCAAUGUACAGAGACAAACUUCACAGGGUGACGCCAUUCGCUACGGUACAGCGUCUUCCAGCUCAGACCGAGAUUGGGUUGGCAUGUUGAGUAUUGAAAGGGGGGAAUUGGUGAAUGUUUUUAACACUGACAGGGAGGUAAAUACCAUUACAAUCACCAGGGACGGUAUUGCUAUACUAUGCACCUCAAAUCAUUAUAGGCUCAUCUUGUGGAACCUCUCAGGGGAAGUUCUGAGGCGCGAGUCUUACGAUCGUCAGAUCAGUAUCGCGCUCAUUCCACAAGACGAGCGGCUGGUAGCCAUCGCGGAAAACGGUGGUAUUGUUGAACUCCGACGUUUGGACACCUGGGACCUGGUUAGGAGUAUUAGCAAUGGGCCUUGGCAUACAGACUUCGAGUUUCAGAUUUCAAUCUCCCGAGACGGCAGAAUAUUAGCGGCGGGAUGUGAUGAUAAUGCUAUUCGACUUUGGGACUUGACGAGCGACAUAAAAAGAGUCCACGACAAGAAGCGCGAGGAUUGGGUCUACUCUAUUAAGACUGUACCUGGGAAUGACAACCUCAUAUUGACAAGAUCGGGAGAGGGAUUAGGUUUGGGGAUCAGGUUCUGGAAUGCCGAUGGCGAGCCUGUCAACCCGCCAGCAAACCUGCAGCACAUCUUCCAGCAUAUGUUGAGAUUGCCCACUUUCUCAGAGGACGGAAGACUCGCAGCAUUGGAUGUUGGUGAUGAGAGAACACCUGACUUUCAGCUUUGGGACGGGGAUUUCAAAGGUGACCGAGCUCGUUAUCAUUGUGAUAACGUAAUUUUCUCACCAGGUGACGUUUAUGUAGCUGCGUUUCGACAAGACGUCACCCACAUUUUAGAGUGUACGACCCUAGAAAAGCUUUUGGAAAUCCCCGUCAUAUCAUUGAAGAAGUACCCUAAAUACUCACCGUCUAUGAUCUUUCGAUUUUCGCCGAACGGCCAGUUUGCGUGCGCAUCAUUGAAUCGCCGUAUUCAUUUAUGGGACUUGGCAGUGCGGAAGGAGUUGGCCUCCCAUGAAUGCGCUAUAGGGCUUGAUAAGACUGCGUUCUCAUCCGACAGUAAAUUACUUGCUUUUAGACCGCACGUGGGGCUAUCAUAUAUCGUCGUCGUAGAGACGGCAACGGGAAAAGAAAUAUGCGCUCCGGAGGUUGGGAGCGACUGUAAUUUUCUAUUCGACGGAGAGGGGCAUGUGAUUACGGCGGCACAAUCUGAUGCCCGCGUCUCCGUGUGUCGAAUUGCGUCUGGGAAUAAGGAGACCCUAUUUACCAUCAAUGUUUCCGGUAAGCACGUAGCCAUUGGUGAUAUAGCGAUUUCGAAAACUGGGAGGCUUGUGAUGACGGCGUCCUUGGGCCACCAGUUUGAAUCGACGGCUAUCUUACUUGGUGAUAUUUCCACCGGGAAGGCGAUCGGCAUGUAUACUGUCGAGCAUAUGAUGCUUCGUUUAUUGACUCCUACGGCCGACUCUCAUCAUGUCCUAUCUUCACUAGGACGGAUUCCAACCCUACUAGGGCCCCCUCAUCAGGAUGUUUCUUUGGAAGAUAUGUCCGAAGUAACGCAGAAUUGCCUCUAUGCGGAAAGGCAAUGGGUGACCCAAGGGUUCGAGAAGCUGCUUUGGCUCCCCUCGGGAUAUCGAACAAUGUUCACAGAAGCAACAAAGAACACUGUUAUUCUAGGUCGUAAGGAUGGCUCUAUCAUUAUUUUGAAGUUUGACAUACAGGAAACGUCGAGGCUCAUUUGCGCGGCACUUGCGAAGGGUAUUAGGAAAUGGGAGAGCGAGGUUGUUUCAAACAAUUAAGUCAAUACCCGGAGUGUACGGAGAUUCUUGUGAUGAGAGAUGUUUUUCCAUUUUUUGGUAAACUCGAGAAGGAUAGCUCUACCAAGCCAGCUUUAUAUAGGCCUUAAAAUGGAUAUGAAAUGAGCGCAUCAUUUUGCUUAGCA